AUGCCUGCAGGCCUGCGAGAAGCCGCGCCGGCGCACGGCGGCAGGGCCGCAGCCUACGAGGAUACUGCGCAGAGGCUGGUGGAUGCGCUGCGGGAGGCCAUUAGCACCGACCUCAGCGAUGCAGAGGAGCGGCAGGUGCGGCGCGCCGCCGACCCCGCCAAGAGCCUGGUGCGCCAGUUUCUGACGCGGUGGAAGGGCAACGGGCUGGUGGAGGGGGAGGAGUCGUACCGCCAGCUGUCUGCGGCCAUCCAGCUGCUGGGCACCUUCUACCAGCAGAACGGGCAGCGCACUCGGCUGACCGGCGAGGUGGGGCAGGCGGUGCUGGAUAGGCUGGAUGCGGCAGAGGCGGCGCUGCCCAUGCGAGAGGACAAGGUCCUGCCGCUGCCCUUCUUCUGA